AUGGGUCGCCGUAGCUCCGGAGGUGGAAGGCCAGCUUUUCGUCCCCGCCCUGCUGCUGCACGCAGCCCCGCGCCUGCACCUGUAAACCGUGCACCUCCUCCAGCUCCAGCUCAGGGCAGCAGUGGUGGUGGCAUGUUCUCAGGCAUUGGUUCAACCAUUGCUCAGGGUAUGGCUUUUGGUACUGGAAGUGCAGUUGCACACAGGGCUGUUGAUUCCGUGAUGGGUCCACGAACCAUUCAGCACGAAGGUGUUGAGGCUGCCUCUGCAUCUGCUGCUCCUAUUGCAAGCAACGUCUUCUCCAGCUCCUGUGACAUUCAUGCUAAGGCUUUCCAAGAUUGCAUCAGCAGCUAUGGAAGCGAGAUCAGCAAGUGUCAGUUCUACAUGGACAUGUUGUCUGAGUGCAAGAAGAACUCCGGUUCUGUCAUUGGUGCUUAA